ACGGUACCUUACCUUAGGUACCUUCCAUUGCCACUAAACACUCAAUCAUCUUGCCAUUCAUUUUGGUUGCUACCCUCAACGUCAACAAUUCUAAGAUCAGUGUCCACAACUCCCUUUUCUGUCAAAACGAAGCAUCCACUCCGAAACACGAAAACAUAGAGACACCAUGACUACAGCACACAGACCUACCUUUGAUCCUGCAAAAGGCAAAGAGGCACUCCGUGGCCCAGCCUACCACCAACGCCUGCUCCCCGCCCACACACAACUCAAGUACCGCAAGCGAGGCCAAGGCGGAGCCGCCGAUGCCGAUGGCGCCAUCGACCUGCGCGCCGAGCUGCUCGCGGCCGAAGCGGCCCACGCCUCCAAGUCAGGCAAUUCCAGCGCCAGCAUCGCAGCGCCGUCAUCAAAACACAGCCCUGCACCGAACUCGGACGACGAAGGUGCAGCGAGGCAAAAGCGACCGCUAGACAUGACGACGGACGGGGAGGAGGAUCCCGAGGCGAAGCGGAGGCGGAUUUUAGCAGAGACCAGGGAGCUGGACGCGGAUGAUACGGGCGGCAGCUCCGAGGAAGAGGAUGACGACGAUGACGAUAGUGAUGGCGAUAGCGACGAUUCGGACGACGAGGAUGCGGAACUCGCACGGGAGUUGGAGAAGAUACGGCGGGAGAGGGCGGAGAAGCGCGAGCGCGAGGAGAGGGAGAAGGCGGCGGCUGCCGAGGAGGAGCGAGAGAGGGAUAUUGCGCUGGGCAACCCGCUGCUCAACAAGCCAGACUUCAACAUCAAGCGCAGAUGGGACGAUGACGUGGUCUUCAAGAACCAAGCGCGUGGGACGGAAGAUAAGGGCAAGAGGAAGGAGUUCAUCAACGACCUUCUCCGCUCCGACUUUCAUAAACGCUUCAUGGGCAAGUAUGUGAGAUAGGGGAUCAGCGGGUUAUCUUUUGGGGGCUUAGGGAUAAUAAUAUGAAUAUGACAGUCCGUCAGCUGUCCGGACUGGGUUGUCUAGAAUUAGAGCAUGAUAAAACAGCGAGCAACGUUGCCAAAGAAGACUGCAGUUACUGCAAACUGGCUCUGGAAUCCCGGUAUGGAAUCAUGCUAUCUGAUGCGGAGAGGCAUGGUAAGGUCUCAUAAUAGUUGAGUGAUGUAUUGUUGGUUUAAAUUCUGACAUAACAGUUUUGAAAACGACAAUGACAGCAGUCUGCGGCUAAGUUGUAGCGGUCCAUCAGUGAUGCCUUGUGGGAAGGGUUACUAUUAGUUGCGGUAUGUACCUACACAGAAUAAAGUGCUCCACAGCUUUACAGGGAGCGUUUUGCCAAUUCUAAUUUAGUAAACUUUCAUUGCG